AUGACCUCGACUUCUGCUGCCGCCCUCGGCAACAGUCUGCCUUAUACACGCACGUCUCAACCGCGUCUCGCAUAUGUCCCUGCGUCUUUCGAUGAUCCAACUCCUAGCACCGGAGACGACUCGGACGAACCAUCGUCCUUCUUUGUGCGCGCUCUCUACGAUUUCGAAUCCAACGACGCCAGCUCGCUCUCCUUCUCUAAGGGUGCGCUCAUCGAGGUACUCACUCAGCUCGAAUCCGGUUGGUGGGAUGGUCUGCUGGACAACCAUGUUCGAGGUUGGUUUCCUUCCAACUAUGUUGAGCCCAUCUCGGAUCACGAAGCUGAGCUCGAGCUCAUCUCCCGCGCACAGAUGCACGCACAGUACAGUUUGGGCCUCUCGCCUCAUCUUUCCGCCGACUCGGAUUCCUUCUCACGUCUCGGCCUCGGCGCUGGCUUUGAUGGGCUCCAAGCGCUCAUCAAAGGUGACGGCAUCGGAAACAGCGACGCCUUCAGUCAGCUUGCCGAAGCUGCCAUGCUCGAUCCAAAGAGACGCAUCUUUGAUCCAGCUAGUCCCCAACUCGCUCACACACCUGUCUUGCAACUUCCAGACGCAUCCCCCUAUCGACGCGACACAUCCUCACUAGCAUCAACAUCUUCUCGAUCCGCCAUCCCUGAAUACCCCCGUGCCUCUUCCUCCUCGGCCUCGGAUCAGAUGCUUGCCUUGGAACGCGAACGCUCCAGAGCCGCUUCCGUCUCAAAUCCGCUUCAGCCCGAUUCCGCGGCGUCCACUUCCUUAGCUGCUGCUGCCGCUGCUGCCGCUGCCAGACCUAGAGCUGCCACGGGCUCUCAAGCCGAUACCUCUCCCUCUGGCGAUGUUUGGGUUUUAAAGACUUCUCAGCGAGGACACACCGUCUUUUACAAUACCCGCACUGGAGCCACUUCGGCACAGGUCCCCCCAGAUACUCGCUCUACUCACAACGACACUGCCGUAUUCUCGUCACCCACCAGCAGAUUGCAGCCGCAACCCAUGAUUCGCACCACCUCGUCCGACCAAAACAGCUCGGCCGACUCUCGCAAGGACCUCUACGACUCGAGUCACCUCGGUCCAGAACGAAGCAGACCCACAUCCCGAAAUGCCAGUGCAGAGUCGCGCCCCUCUUCCGCCAACAGCAGCAACACAGCCAUCUUUCACAACGGCACCGCACCCGUUCGAGCGCCAAGUUCCAACACGGCCGAUCGCAUGCCCGACCUUACCGCCGUGCCCAAACCUUGGAGGGUGCGAUUGACCGACGACGAAAAGUACUUUUUCUAUGUCCAUCGCUCCACCCACGAGAUUCGUUGGAACCAUGCCGAUGCAAAGACGAAGCUGACCAUUCUCUCCAACGUCACUCCUCGCAGCCGUUCGCCUCGACACUCCACCAUCCCGGCAAUCGCGCCUAUCGAACACAGCAGAGGCGCGCCGAAUCUGGGCGCUGGCCUCAACAUCACCCAGGGCGUCUCAGAGCUUCAGCUCGGAUCGGACGAAUCCGAUAUCGACGGCGAUAUGAAUCCACAUCUACCCGGCAAGCCACCCAAGCCGUCCUCUUCCAGACAUGGCCGCCAUCGCGUUGGCAGCAUAGCAUCUACUCUGGCUGCCCUCGCCAAUCACGCCGUGCUUUCAUCACCCAAGAUCUUGCCUUUCUCCUUGCUACACGAGGAAACCUCCGCCUACGAAAUGCAGAAGGCGCUCCAGCCACCUCCUGUGCCGCCUGUCAGCUCCCUCGUUCGACGCGCCAAUGAACUCAUCCGAAACUUGGCCGCCAUUGCCACCGAGCAAAUCGGCACCAAUGGUCUGGCACAGGCGGAUGUCUCGGUCUGCAGCGCCGACGGCAUCUACCUGCCCAGAUUGGCGUAUGCUACUGCCGACGUGGUAGCUGCUAUCCGCGAGGUGCUCUAUGCCACUGGCUCACUCUCGCUCUCGAGCAGCGAUGUGGCUUCCGUCUCCAAGCUUGUCGCCGUACCCAUGGCUUCAAGCGAUAUUCCAAAGUCCCUCUCCGAUACCGCCCAUGUGACCAAAGACGUCGACCUCAACUUGUACUCUAAGGUGCUCGACACACUUUGCACUUUGACCAAUGGCUCUGAUCCUUCUGACUUGCAUGUCAUUGGCGUCAGCCAGAAGGAUUCGCUUGCACCAACGCCGGGGUCCCUGCAUCUGGUCGCACGCAAGCUCAACGCUGUCGUGUCCAAGCUUGUCCUCUCCUCGCGCCAAGUCAUUGAUCACACCGUCACCCUAGCUUCUUCGCCUACGUCCGGCAUGGAAAGUACCAUGACCGAUCUCGACGCCGACGUCUUUUCCAAGCUCUACCAAUGCAGACAACGAUUGCGCGAAGACGCACUCGAGCUCGCGCGAACGCUUCAGAGUCUCGGCACGGAAGCCGAACGCUCGCGAAGCACCGCCCUUGGGGCACCUUACAGCCGUGGGUGGUUGCGCAGGGUAGAGGGCAGCCUAGAGAGCGACUUGGGCCUCAACGGUGUUGGCUCAACAUCCUACGGCAGCGGAAUGGCCGCAGGUUGGCUAGGCAACGGUUUCGUGCUUCCUUCCAAGUGCGAGACCGCUCUGAUGAAAGCGGAGGGCAAGGGCGCGCGAAGCAAUCCCUUUGAUCAGCGCAGAGAUGUGGAAUCGGCGGUGGUGCGCGGUUUGCUAACGUUGCGACGCAUCCCUGAAAAGCGAUUGGAUCAGCAGAUGAUUCAGCAGCUACAACAAGCGCUCAUCCGGCUCGAGGCUCAGCCAGGCAGCAGCGUGGCUACCUCUGCCUUGUCGGUGCUGUCCCAAUAUGGCGCCCUUGAAGCUAUGAUCGAGAGCAUCGAUCUAGCCUCAGGCCUCGACGUCGAUGGCCCUCAUGCCAAGGAGGCCAAAUCCUCGUCCAUCAACGAGCGCAAUGCUGCGAAUGCGGUCAAGGCGCGCGACCUAAUGCGUCGCUUUGUGGUCCUUAAACAGAUCGCGUAUGACGCCUCAGGCUCCCUCUUCCUAGCUGUACAGGAGUACGGCAGCUCGGCCCCGGUCGUGCAAAAGCAGACAGUUAAGCUGGCCAAGCUGUCUGCAGCGGUGGUCAAGACGCUUCAAGAGAUCGCCAAGGUGGGCGAAGAGCAGCUACGCGACGCCUCGCCUUUUCUCGGUGUUCGCGCUUCGCCGAACGGCUCUGAAGAUGGCAUCAUUCUGCCUUCCACGGGCGUCUUUUCACGCAGGGUCAACACCACCAGCAAUGGUCUUCACGAAGAGCUCGACGAGAUGGCCCGCUACCAUAAGGCCAACGAUGACGAGCCAGAGGAAGAGGCCGAAUUCAUGUACUUGGGCCCUGGCAUCGCUGUCCCCAAUGGACCAAGGGCCAGGUCCGGCAGCCGUGCGACCUCUGUGUCGACGUCCAACUCGCCUGUCCCAAGCUUGGCUGCCGGCCGACUGGGACCGAUGCAAGCUUCCAACAACCAUCGCCAGCGAUCCACUUCUGUUACCACGGGCGGCUCGGUGCGUUCACUGCAGUCGUUCACAGACACUUCAGGGCGGAUCGUCAGUCGUCGAGGUACGCUGGGCGACGACGCACCUCUGACGCAGACCACGACGCACGAUAGCGAACACAGCGCUGGCACCGGCAUUACAGCGCCAUCGAGUAUGUCCCGACGCAAGGAGGAUGAGGUGCCGUGGUUCCUCGAGCCCGACUACAUGGGCGAUGACAUUGUGAUUGCUCAGGACGGCUCGGUCAAGGGGGCUACACUCGAGGCGUUGUUGGCGCGUCUGACGAUGCACAAUUCGUUUGACGCAUCGUUCAACAACACGUUCCUGAUGACGUACCGCUCGUUUACGACGACGCAGACGCUGCUGGAUCUAUUGGCGCAGCGAUUCCGCAUCCUGCCGCCGGAAGGGCUCAGCGAGGACGAGCUGGCGCUUUGGACCGAGAAGAAGCAAAUUCCGAUCCGACUUCGGGUAUUCAACGUACUCAAGAGUUGGCUCGAGAUGCACUUUUACGAGGGCGAGGAUGAGCCGUACCUGGACCAGGUUCGACGCUUUGCGGUCGAGGAGAUGGGCGAAGCGCCGGCGAUGAAGGCGCCUUCGCAGCAUCUGCAGAGGUUGGUGGAAAGGAGGCAGGGCGAGGGCGAGCAGAUGAUCCGCAAGAUGGUACUGCCGAACUCUGCGCCUGCGCCCAUCUUGCCCAAGAAUCUCAAGAAGCUCAAGUUCCUCGAGAUCGACGCGCUGGAGAUGGCCAGGCAGCUGACGCUGCUCGAGUCGAGAUUGUACAACAAGGUCAAGCCUGCCGAGUGCUUGGGGCUCAAGUGGACCAAGCCGGGCAAUGACGUGCAUGCCAAGGGCAUCAUGGACAGCAUCACCACGCACAACCGCAUCUCGGCGUGGGUGGCCGAGACGAUCUUGCAGCAGGAGGAUCUGAAGAAGCGCGCGGCGCUUAUCAAGCACUUUAUCAGCAUUGCCGAUCGGUGUCGUGCACUCAACAACUUCUCGGGCAUGUGGGCCAUCGUCUCUGCGCUGUCCACAGCGCCGAUCCAUCGGCUACGACGAACGUGGGACGCUGUCUCGCAGAAGUACGUGCUGGUGUUUGAAUCGCUGGAGCAGCUCAUGUCGGCGUCACGCAAUUGGGCCAACUACCGCGAGAUGAUCCACAAGCUCAAACCGCCGUGUGUACCGUUUUUGGGGCGAUACCUUGGUGACCUCACCUUCAUCGAGGAUGGCAACCGGGAUCGACUCAAGGAGAACGACCAGCUGAUCAACUUUGGCAAGCGACAGAAGACAGCCGAGGUGAUCAGGGAGAUUACGAUCCAUCAAUCUACCCCGUACAACCUUGCCGUCGUCCCGGCACUUGAAAAGUACAUUGAGGCAAAUCUGGUAGAUGCAAGGUCUGCCGAUGACUUGUACGAGCAGAGUCUGCUGCUCGAGCCGCGCGAGCGAGAGGACGAGAAGAUUGCGAGGUUGUUACAGGAGAGUGGAUUUUUGUAG